AUGAAAUCUUUGAGUCUUCUUGGUCUCGUUGGUCUUGUGACCGCCGCUGCCGUGCCUAGCAACGACGGCUUUCCCAUGCCAAGCAAAGACCAACAAGUUGCCCUGGAGAAGCAAGCCGGCGGUAAACUUCCCAAUGUGGCAUUGCCUAAAGAGCUCGGACCGGGGAGCACGACCGCGUUCCAGCUCAUUACUUUCAACGAAUUGUUCGAGACAGCCUACUUUGACUCCCUCCUCCAGAACAUCACGAGCGGAGUGCAAGGCUACGAAGCCGAGAACAAGGAAGAGUUGAUCAAGAUUUUCUCUACCGUGCGAGCUCAAGAGGAAAUACAUGUCCUCGCAGCCCAGGCGGCCCUUAUGGCGGCCAACACCUCCUUUGUUCCGUCGGCUUGCAAGUACAUGUUCCCGACCACCAAUUUGACACAAGCCGUCAAUCUUGCGGAGACGUUUACAGCUGUUGUUCUCGGUGCGCUCCAGGGCGCGAAUGUUUUAUUCGCUCAAGAGAAUGUCACCAUCCCCAUUCAACUCAUCUCGUCCGUCAUUGGUCAGGAAGGCGAGCAGAACGGUUACUAUCGCACGGUCCUAAAAGAAGUGCCCUCAGAGUCACCAUUCUUGACGGCAGUGCCGGCCGCCUUUGCAUUUUCCGCCCUGCAAAUGUUCGUCGUGCCCGGGUCGUGCCCGUACCCGCUCGCCAACAUUGGCUUGCCCAUCUUUCCACCGAUGAUGGUCAAUGGCGAGGCAGUAGCCGCGCUGGAGCCCAAGGAUCAAAUGCUUUCCUUUUCGGCCGAUUUGAGCAUGUCUGAGCAGGCUAUGAAGUAUGCCGGAGGUAAUGGCACUGAUCUUUUUCUGACUUACACCACUGGUCAGUCAAAGCCCUUCUCGAUGGAGAUUAGCAACGUCAAGUGGGAUGGUGGCAAGAUCAGCUUUGAUGCAGCUUUCCCAUUUUCCGAAAAUGUCAUGGGUGGUUUCAGCCAUGCUGCUUUGACCACCGGGAACGUUUUCGAGUCAGCGAAUGAUCUUACUCAUUGCACACUUGCUGGACCUGGUAUCAUCCAGAGCGCUCCAGUACCGUCAGACGCUCACGACACGCCCGCGAAACCCACGAUACCCGAAGUGGCGCCUAGCUCGGACUUGGGGGAUGGCUGGAUGGCUGGGGAUGGCCAAGUAGACGAUGGUGAUGCUUGGCUAGAGUCCGAGGGGCACCCCAGGCAGUCAAUGGACGUCGAAGCGGCCCCUAAAGAUCCAGUCUUGGAGCCAACUUCUCCCGCGACAUUCAACUUAGCGAAAGAACCGAACCAAUCACAAAACCCUGUUGAGAACGGGCUUCAGGGGAAGCCUACUGCGACCGACCCCUUCGACACGAAUGAAGACGAAAACGCCGAUGCUUGGUUUGUGGAAAAGGCAGCCCAAGAACCCUUACAACCCGACAACGCACCGGCUCCAGUAGCGAAUGAUACUGAGCUUACCAAGGCCGAAUAUAACGAACCUGCUGAUUUGCAACCAGAGCACAAACCAGUGGCAGAGGUCGCGACAGCUUCAGAGACUAAAGAGCACCAAGCGCAAGAAGCCGAAGAACAGUCGAGGUCCGAAGCCGAGACAGCCAGAGAAUCAGUGCCAGAUGGACAGGAUACACAGCCUUCACACCAACUCUCUCAGCAUUCAAGCUCCAUGUCUUUCGCCCGAACCGUCUCUCACGAAAUCAGCUUCAACGACGAUGACGAGAGUGAUUGGACGCUGCCCCGAUCCAAUACCGACCAAUUCAAGUUUAUGGCGCCAACAGACCGAACGAAUUCCUUCCCCGCUGUUCCGCCGGCACAGCCUACGCGGGACCUUUUCCCUGCGCACCCGCUACCUUCUUCUCAAGCUCUCGACGUUGUCGAAGAGGCCGAGAAGAACGCUUUUGCUCAGGAUGACACGGAGGAACAAAAUAUGUUUUGGGAGAAUGACGACCCAGAAGGCAAUGCGCACGAGUCUUUCCAGACAAUUGGCGGCGACAUCGGGGAUGCUGCUACGGAAGCCUCUCAGUCUCGUUUUGAGGAAGGCCUCCCUCUGAUUCCGGCCGUCGAACAGUCGGGAAGAAAUCCUUUCAACUCCUUUGAAGAAGAUGACGCUGGCGAUGAUUUUUUUUCCAAUGUCCAACAUGGCAAAGCCACUGCUGAGGAUUUGAUGCAGCCAAUUCAGCGCAAGUCUACUCUGCAGGUCAUUGGAAACACCCUGGACAGAGAACCGAUCACACAGCAGCCCGCAUUUGAUACACUGGAUGAGCACGCCGACGAGGAUCACUAUGCCAAGGCUCUUGCAGACGCCUUCGGCUCAAAGCCCAAAGACGAAAGCCAGACUAUUGCCGCCAAAGCCCCUGCUGAUCUAUCUGCAAAGUGGCAAGAAGCAUUUGGAGCUGGGGACGACGACGAUUUUCUUCUGGAUGACACCGAAAACAAUGGCGAGGCGUUUGACCCUGCUGGUUUCUUGGGAAGCGAUGAUGAAGGCUUCCUACUGGAUGACGAUGAGGAUGCGCCGGCUGCCACCACAACAAAUGCCCCAGCACCUAUGCCGUAUCUGCCAAGUCAGGUCCCGACACCCCCCAAACCUGUUUCCUCGCCAGCAACUUCGUACGGCUAUGCCGCGCAGCCUCCGCAGCAAACACCUUACGGCGCCGCUUUUGGCUAUGCCCCAGCUGCACUACCGCGGGCAGAUGCUCCCAAAGCUGAGAGCUUUGCGGACAAGGCCAAGGGCGGGUACGCUUCACCGUAUGAUCUACCCAAUGAUCUCGUCACUAUGAAUGUUAAGCCCCGGAAGAGACCAAGCUUGCCGAGUCCUGCUCAAGAACCGACUCCUCCACCCUCAUCGGCCCCGCCGCACGCAGCGAAUGCGUAUGCGCCGCCUCCCGGGUCUGUGUCAUCGGCUCCUCCCGCUCAGGCUCCGACUUCUAGAUCCGCAAGCCGACAGGGCAGCUUCUUUGAAGAUCUGCCGAUGACGGCAAAACCCCGCCCGGCCUCGCGCCAGAGCCUCCGCGCUGCCUCGCCUAGCAAACAGUAUGGCAACCCCAGCCGGAUUACCCCCGUUGUACCUCCGCCACCUGCCAUGAACCAGCAGUACCAGCAUCCGCCAAUAGAGCGACCUGCCGCCCCUGAGAAUUCUGUAGCAAACCUGGUCACACCACCAAAGGUGAACCCAUAUGCCACCUUGCAAGGGGGAUCUGCACCACCCUCUGCGCCUGCUACCAAUGCUACCAGAUACUCACCUGCUCCCGCCCAGCAACACAAAGGAAGUUCAGCUCCUCCACCUGCGGCACCAAACCGCUUUUCUCCCGCACCUCCAUUGCCACGCCAAAACACCUCACCGACCCAUAAUGCUACUGCAUCCGCGUCCCAGACGUAUCUUCCACACUUGCCUAGAACCUCCAGCCCGUUGGCUCAGUUCGAGAUCCACCACGACAAGUCUACUACAGGUGGUGAUGCUGGCCACCUUGACAGACGUGCUAGCUAUGCACAUGAGCCGAGGCUGAAUCGCAUGUCAUCUCUUCCGUCAACUCGCGAAGUAGAUGAAGAGGAGGAGACCCAGGCCAUGACCCAGGCUGGGGCUUUCCAACAGCCACCUGCUGGUGCCCAGUACAGCCCUGCUCCUCAACAGACCCCAGGUGCACCAAAUAGCCUGCUCGCAUCACCGGAGAAGCGUAUCACUAGCAACUACCUGCCCCAAUCUGCGUUACACCAGCCUCACUUUGCUCCUCCCAUGAGAGCCCAGACGCAGUCUCCUGGCGCUACUCGAAGCAGUUUCCAACAAGCCCGCCCGACUUCUGCCCAUACGAAUGCGGCCCCAAGCUUUGGCCAAGCUGCGCAGCCGGCAACGACAAUGCCUGUACGUGGCCGCGGAGCGUCCCUUACUCUGAAUCUGGUUCCUCCUACUGAUGGCCGUGAGCACGACCCACUACAACGCUGGCAAGGUGUCCCCAUCAUCUCCUGGGGUGUUGGUGGUGCUAUGGUGACUUCGUUCCCCAAGAGUACACCACGAUACACCAUGAACCAAUCUGCGCCAACGAUGUUGAGGACCCCUGGAGAGGUCAAAGUCAAGAGCAUGAAGGAGAUUGAGCCCCUACCCCAGCAGCUUGCCCAAUUUCCAGGCCCCCUGCGAGGCAAGUCAAAGAAGAAGGACGCUUUAGCUUGGCUGUCGUCUGGAAUAACUGCAUUGGAACGAGAACUGCCUGACGUAUCUCUGACGCCCCAGCUGUCGUUGGAAGCAAAGAGAUCUAUCGAGCGACUUCUAUUAUGGAGGAUUCUCCGAGUUUUUAUUGAGUUUGAUGGGCAUUUGGAAGGCACUCCCGCAGUUGAAAAGGCAGUCCGGGAGGUUUUAUCUCCACAAGGAACUGUAGACUCCUCGCUGCCUAUUGGCUCGAGCGUCGGCCAGUUGGCCGCACUCACUGGCAUGAAAGCGGAUGAUGUUGACUCCGCCUCUGUGGAGAGCAUUAAAGACAGUUUACUCAAGGGUGACCGUGAAUCGGCUGUCUGGGCAGCUGUCGACAAGCGCCUCUGGGGGCAUGCUAUGCUCAUCGCUCAUACAACCUCGCCCGAGCUCUACGGCCGGGUGGCACAAGAAUUCGUUCGAAAGGAAGUCAACUAUCCGGGUCACAGUAACCAAUCUCUCGGUGCCUUUUACAAAGUCCUCUCUGGGAACUUUGAAGAUUGUGUUGAUGAGUUGGUUCCUGUCCACGCUCGCGCUGGCAUGCAGCUCAUGUCCACCGAAGUGGGUAUAGGAGCAACUCAAGAUGUUCUGAGUGGUUUGGAAAAUUGGCGGGAAACUGUAUCUUUGGUGCUCAGCAACCGAAGUGAAAACGAUGUCCGUGGCUUGAACGCGCUCGGGAAACUUCUCUCCGGUUAUGGUCGGGCGGAAGCGGCUCAAAUCUGUUUUAUUUUCAGCAGGUCCAUCUCCGUCUUUGGUGGCAUUGACGACCCCAAUGCCGAUUUCGUCCUGGUUGGCGCAGACCAUCACACUCAGUCAGACCAAUUUGCCAAAGAAACGGAGGCAUUGCAGCUGAGUGAGGUUUACGAGUAUGGGUUGACACUGUCUGGAGCGGCCAAUCUCGCUGCUGGUGCACCCCAUUUGGCUGGGUACAAACUUCAGCAUGCGACAGUGCUUGCCGAACAUGGUUACCGUGACAAGGCCCUGCAGUAUUGUGACGCUAUCCUCAACUCAAUGAGCGCCCAAACCCGUCGCUCGCCGUACCACCACCCUCUCCUCGAGGCCUCUGUCGACGAUUUUAUGAGACGUCUUAAACAGGCUCCAAAGGACGAUGGAACAAGCUGGAUGUCCAAGCCAAGCAUGAACAAAGUUUCUGAUAGUAUGUGGAAUAGGUUCAACAAGUUUGUCGCUGGAGACGAAGAUGGCAACGGACAACCGGGUGCCGAUGGCGAGCAUGGCCCAUUUGCUCGCAUCGCAUCUACUCCGAAUAUCAGCCGUUCACCAUCUAUCUCAAACUUUGAGACUUAUGGAACCUCACCUAGCUACGGUGCACCGGCCCUGCCGCCACAAGCCUCAGCUGCCAACUCUCGAUAUGCCCCAGCCACGACCCCUGCUGCCACCAUGACCCAGAACCCAUAUGAGUUUGUCUCACAACAGCCAGCCCCUGCGCAGCAGCAGACGAAUGGUCGUUCGUCGAACGAACACACUCGUAGCCCUUACGAGCCUAGCUAUCCUGGCGCUAGCGGUGUCAACACAGGAUAUCCUGGCUUUAACCAGAGCGCGCCCGAGUUGUUACAUCCGCCUAGCCAACCCGGAGUGUCGCCAUAUCAGCCACAUGUAUCGAAUAUUGCCACUCAACCCUACGGUCUACAACCUUCACCUAGCAUCACUGCCGAUCUCAACCCGAAUCCCAAUUAUGGCUACCAGGGAUACCAACCAACUGGCGGCUAUGAGCCGGCCCAGCCUGCCAAGACUGAGAAUCUCAAUACUAAUGAUACUGCCGAAGUUGGGUAUCAGCCACCAUCGACACAGAGUUACGAAUUUGAGCCGCCGUCGAUGCAGGCAUACGGAUACGAGCCAUCUUCCACACCCUCUCAAAGCUACGAGCCGCCAUCAGCCGAUCCGCAAGGUCACGAAACUCCUUCCGGACAGUUCCAGGCAUACGAACCAUCCUCAACGCAGUCUUAUGGCUAUGAGCCUCCCUCGUACCAGCCUGACUUGACGUAUGAUGCCGAAGAAGACGUGCCCAAGCCAAAGAAGAACUUCAUGGACGAUGACCAGGACGAAAUCCCCACCCUGAGGCCGGCAGACAGCAAUACUAAGGCUGAUCUGGACCGUGAAAACCAAGAAAUGUUCAGGAAGGUUGCCGAGGAAGAAGCCAAGCGAGCCGCAGAAGCUGCCGCAGGCAAGAAAUCCGGGGGUUGGGGCUUUGGCGGUUGGUUUGGCGCAACUAAAAAAGCAGACCUUGGAAGCGGCGAAGCGUCGCCCGCAAAGGCUAUCAGGGCUAAGCUAGGAGAAUCCAACAGCUUCGUGUAUGAUCCUGACCUGAAGCGGUGGAUCAACAAGAAGGCUGGUGCUGAGCAGACAGAGGCCCCCAAAGCGUCGGCGCCUCCGCCUAGAGGUGGUGCCCCUCGCUCUGUCAGUGGUACUCCCCCGCCCAGCGGCCCGCCUGUUGGCAGCCUGCUACGAUCAGCGUCAACCUCCAAUCUCAAGGCAGGCACAAUGCCUCCUCCCAGCGGCUUGGGGAUCAGUGCGCCGCCUCCCAUGAUGCGCUCCGAUUCCAAUGCCAGCACUGGAGACGUUUUCACGCCGCCGAGCGGACCUCCUACCCGUCCAGCCACGAGCAUCAGCAAUGCCAGCAGCAUUGAUGAUCUUCUCGGUGCUGUUGGACCUCGCAAGGCAUCUGGGAAGAAGCCUCGCAAGACUGGCCGCUACGUGGACGUCAUGGCGAAAUAG